AUGGAAGUGCGACUGUCGAAUAUGGUCGCUGCGAAAGCGAUCAGCGAUGCAGUCAGGACGUCGCUUGGGCCCCGGGGUAUGGACAAAAUGAUCCAAACACCCAAGGGCGAACUCAUCAUCACGAAUGACGGCGCGACUAUUUUGAAAAGUAUCCAAGCUCUGCAUCCUGCUGCAAAAAUGCUCGUGGAUCUGUCGGCAGCUCAGGACGUCGAGGCCGGUGAUGGGACGACAUCUGUCGUCGUGCUGGCAGGUAGCUUCCUCGGAGCGGCAGAGAAAAUGCUGCAGAAGGGCAUGCAUCCCACCAUUAUCGCCGAAUCGUUCUUGAAGGCAUCUGCGAAGGCGGUGGAAUACCUCACAGAGAUCUCAACGCCCAUUGAUCUCAGCGACAAGUCAUCUCUUCUCCACGCUGCUACUACCUCCCUUAACUCAAAAAUUGUGUCGCAGUAUUCGUCUACCCUUGCGCCAAUAGCAGUUCAGGCAGUGCUCCGUCUCGUUACCCCGACCUCCUCGAAUGUUGACCUUCGCGACAUCCGCAUAGUCAAGAAGGUUGGCGGCACCAUUGAAGACACCGAGCUGGUAGAUGGUGUUGUCCUAAAUCAGAAUGUUGUUACUGCUGCGGGGGGACCAACACGGAUUGAGAAGGCAAAGAUUGGUAUCAUCCAAUUCCAGCUGAGUGCACCCAAGCCUGAUAUGGACAACACGGUAGUGAUCAACGACUACCGGCAAAUGGACAAGGUCAUCAAGGAAGGCAGGCAAUACCUUUUGAACAUUUGCAAGAAGAUCAAAAAGGCGAACUGCAACGUCCUGCUCAUUCAGAAGUCUAUUCUGCGUGACGCCGUCGAUGACACAUCGCUUACCUUCCUCAAGCGCUUGAACAUCCUCGUCAUCAAGGACGUCGAGCGCGAUGAGAUCGAGUUUCUCUCGAAGAGCUUAGGAUGCAAGCCUGUCGCGGAUAUCGAGGCAUUCACCGAGGACAAGCUCGGCUAUGCUGACUUGGUCGAGGAGACGAGCCACGCCGGUGCGAAGGUCGUGCGUGUCAUGGGUGUCAAGAAUCGCGGUCGCACGGUGAGCAUCCUUGCUAUGGGAAGCAACAACCUCGUGCUCGAGGAGUGCGAGCGCAGUCUGCACGACGCGCUAUGCGUUGUCCGCUGUCUCGUGAAGAAGCGAGCAUUGAUUGCGGGUGGUGGCGCGCCUGAGAUCCAUGUGUCUCGACUCCUGUCGCAAUAUGCCCAAUCGCUUAAGGGCAUGGAGGCGUACUGCUUCCAAGCCUAUGCCGAUGCUCUGGAAGUUAUUCCUACAACGCUUGCUGAGAACGCUGGUCUCAACCCGAUCGCAAUCGUCACCGAGCUUCGGAACAGGCACGCGAUGGGCGAGCGCAAUGCUGGUAUUAAUGUGCGCAAGGGUCUCAUCUCCAACAUCCUGGAAGAGGACGUUGUCCAGCCUCUAUUGGUGUCGACGAGCGCGGUGGAGCUGUCGACGGAGACGGUCUGUCUCUUGCUGAAAAUCGAUGACUAUGUCCAAGCACGAUAG